GUAGACGUGUGAUAUAAAAAGAAGCUACAGGUCUUAAUGAAUAAAGAUGAUUGUGAAAAACGACCUCGACCGCAUCAAUAACUAUCAUCUAAUUUGGAGUUGGUUUGCUUCAUCUUGUAGACGGAAGUAUUCAAAAUGAUGGCCGGAGGUGGUUAUCCGCGUGCCGAUGAAUUCGACGAGCUCUUGUACCAAAGAAUCUUGGAGAUGACGUUGCCCAAUGGUCAGAUCAUGGAGAUCAAUUGGUUUCGAGUGCACGUCUGGUCGGAGGCUACGAAAUUCAUAGUUCCGCGAGAAAAGUUGAUCCGAGGAAUGCAAGCCAACAUGUUUUCCAUUCAAUUGGAGGGAUUAGAUGACCAAGGCCAAUCCCAACGCAGACACUUAAUCGCCAAACGAAUCGUUCCCGGUGAAUUACCUCCGAAAUCCAACAUGGUCAUGUGGAAGCAAUUUGUGGAGUCCGUCCAACGAGAAAUUGAUUUCUACAAAGAAUUGCUAGGUUUGGAAAAUGCGGACGAGAUCCGAGCUCUUUUCCCCAGGAUUUACUACUCGGAUGGCAGCAAAAUCCAGUGCGAGGACGACAUCUUGGGUAGUUCAUACUUCUUCAUUUUAAUGGACGACGUAUCCGAGAGUUUCUACCAGUCCUGCCAAAUCGACGAGACACAAGCCAAGAGCGUGCUCAGAAAUUUGGCCAAAUUCCACGCCUUCUUCUGGAACCGACUCCCUUCGUAUGAACCAAGAGGCAGUUUUUGGACCCUGGAGCGGCGAAAACCGCUGCAGGAACUCGAGGAUGCGGUAAUCACGUGGUCAGCUUUACUGAAACGCCUCCCCAGUUUGGCGGCGAGUGUACCAAAUGCUGACACUCUUGUGACGGAUGUCGUCACUCACGCCGAGAAGUUGGACACUUUUGUGGGGAAAACCGCUUUGACGCGGAUUCAUGGCGACUGCAAGGGAUUCAAUCUGUUUCUCAGCCAAACAAACGACGGAAACGUGUUGUUCAUAGACAUGCAAUGGACUGGUAGCGGGAAUCCCUUACAAGAUGUUGCGUAUGUGCUCACGACGACUUUACAAGCCGACGUUUUGCCGAACAUGGACAAACUCGUGGAUUUUUAUUGUCACUGUUUGUCAGAAUUUCUCCCCAAAACGAUAUGGGACGAGAUAUCUGAGGAAUUCAGGAUUGGGUACGAUUUGAUCUGGUUGGACUAUGCACGGGUGAUCAUGACUGGACUUUGGAAGAAGCUCAGUGAGGAGUACAUGGAACGUUGUCUAAAUACGAUCGGUCCAAGUAUGAUCAAUCGUAGCAAAGACCAUGCGUUAUUUAUUGUGAGACGUGUUCAUUCUCUAGUACGCGAACAAAAUGUACUGCAAGUUCUUAUGGAUAAAUAGAAACAAAAGGAGAGAGAAAGAGAGAGUUGAAUGGCUUCUUACUAAGACAUAUAUAUUCGUAUUGAGGCUCCAAUUUUUGUGCGACACACGGGACAGUUGGUUAAAUUGAGCCCACAACUUCCACAAGCAAAUAAAUGGCCGCAAGGCAUAAACACUAA